GAGUUGGAAAACACUGGGAGUUAAGACCUCAUUCGAAGUCACUUCUUUUCAACUCCCGAGGCUCUUUUUUUUUUUUUUUUUUUAAUCUCUCUUUUCAUUUUCUCUCUCUACAGUGAAUAGUGAAUAGUGGUGGUGGUCAGUGUACGCCAGUAGGUACAGUACGCACCCAACAACCUCCACCCCACUGUGACUCUCGAAAGAGAUCUCGCCCAGACACACACCCUUUAACUCUGCUCUUCUUGUUCCCCGCUUUGAUUUCUCUACAUUUUAUUUAUUAAUUAAUGUCUUUACAUUAGCAUUUUUCUAAAAUGGAUCCAAUGAUGAAUGAAGCUAGAGCAUUUCAAGCUGCCGCCCCUAAUCCGCCCUUUAAUUUGGCCGAGAUCUGGCCCUUUCCGAUCAAUGCUGGCGCCGCCAUGCCGUAUGCCAAUGGAGAUCACCAUUUUCCGAUCAAUGAUCCCAUGCUUCUCGACCACAGAACAAAUCACCGAAGCGGUUCAGCUAGGAAACGACGUGAGGAUGACGAAUCUGCUAAAGGAGUUUCAACUAGUGGCAAUGGCUUGAGUGAAUCUGAUAGUAAGCGUUUGAAGGCCACAGGAUCAAAUGAGAACCAUGAAUCCGGAGGUGAUGGGGAAGGGAAUUCAGGAAAAUCUGCAGACCAACCUGCAAAGUCAGCUGAACCACCUAAAGAUUACAUUCAUGUGCGAGCAAGGAGAGGUCAAGCUACCGAUAGUCACAGCCUAGCAGAAAGAGCCAGGAGAGAAAAGAUCAGUGAAAGGAUGAAAAUCCUACAAGACUUGGUCCCUGGUUGUAACAAGGUAAUUGGAAAAGCUCUCGUCCUUGAUGAGAUAAUCAAUUAUGUCCAAUCACUACAACGCCAGGUUGAGUUCCUAUCAAUGAAGCUUGAAGCAGUUAAUACAAGAGUACCCCCAAACAUCGAAGGAUUUCCUACUAAAGAUCUCGGGCAGCAAACAUUCGAGGCAAAUGCCAUGGCAUUUGGUUCACAAGGUACGAGGGAAUAUGCUGGGGGUACAUCACCAGAUUGGUUGCAUAUGCAGAUUGGCGGUGGAUUUGAAAGAGCAUAAAGUAAAUAAUCGGCAUCAAAGGCAAAUAAAUUCUUAGGAGGCUAAUGCUUCCUCAGGGGACUGCAAAAUGUAUAAUUGUUCCUUGAUUUAAAGAUAGCUUGUUUCUGAUCAGGCAGAGUUGUUGAAAAUCUUUAGGACAGCGAGAAACAAAUCACCUUAUAUGAUGAAUAGUAUAGUGGUGAAGAUGCCUAUUUGAAAUGGUUAUUAAGGUAUAUCAAGAAGCUGAAGUUUGUGCCUGUUGUUCUAAAAGCA